AUGUUGUUGGUGGAGUUUGAAGGCAUCAAGGUGAACAGUGAUUCCAGUUUUGUUGGCAAGACGUUCCAGUUGACGGCCCUGCACUUUGAGGUGGCAAAGUUGGUCAGUAAACCAGGGGGCAGAGUGGGUGAAGGAGACAAGUUUGGAUUUUCUGGGGGCGACGACAUCAAGACAGGAGGAGAGUGCAUCAUUAUAGUAAUUGACCAGGGCGGUGGGGGAGGCAGUCGAGAUAAUGGCAGAGGCAGAGACGAUGGCAGCCAAGUUACCGAACCUGCACCUUUCCCAAGGUGCAUCUCUGUGCUUCGCUGUUACUGGAUAUUUGCCCCCAGUGGGAGGGACCAGAUGGAGGCUGCAGCCCAAGAUAUCCAAGUAUCCGUGUUCUCAGUAACGACCAAGGCCGCAAUUCUCCGAUGGUCCAGGUUCUCCGGAGCCAGCUCAUACAAGAUCACCGUCGCCCCCAAAAGCUCACCCAGCAACCACAUGGCUUUUGCCGCGUUUGGUCCAAACACAGUGCUGGGCUCUGUAAACUCUCUGUUCCCGAACAUCAUGUAUAUAUUCACAGUUGAAGCCCUGGAUAGUUCCCAAGUAACCCUGAGCUCUGCAGCUGUUGAGUCAUCCACAGCCCCUGAGAUGAUGGAUCCCAUCCAGACAAUGAAGUCGAAGGAUAGCGAGACCUUGAUAACGUCGUUCAACUUGGAGACCGGGGCGACUCAUUACAUCCUACGAAUCCAGAAUACCAAGGGCUUCUUCAGAGAAGACACAGUGUCCUCCACCCCCGCUGAGAUUGAGUCCCUCGCACCAUACACUGAGUACACGCUCAGCAUCAUGGCCGCCCACGGGGGAGGCCGGAGCCAGCCGUCUCUUCCUCUGACUGCAAAGACAGUUUUGCCUCCUCCUCAGCUCUCGGCCUCAUCCCCCAGCAAUGACAGCAUCAUCGUAUCCUGGGCUCCUGUUGCUCACGCUGUCCACUACACCCUGUCUACAUACCAGUUUGGCUCAAACACCAGCAUGAAGCACAACACCUCCAACACCAAUCUGACCCUCUCUGGCCUGGAUGCCGGCGCCCUCUUUGUCAUUGAGGGUUUCGCCUGGGACCUCGAGGGCCGACCGGGAGAAGGCAGUCUGUACGUCAACCAGACAACAAGGCCUCCAUCACCAUUUUGUGCCAAUGUGUCUGCUGUGGUGAUGAGUAACGGUGUGUCCGGACUCUCUGUGUCCUGGGAACUCGACCAGAGGGUCUACGGAUCCAUCCAAUACCAUGCGACGAGUGACCAGAACCUCACCUGUAACUCCACAUCCAGCUCCUGCACCCUGAGGCCAGUGAGCUGUGGAGAGGUACACACCAUCCAGGUCACGGCCUUCAACGAGGCCGGGCCCAGCCAGCCAUCCAGCCCCGUGGUGUUCAUCACCUUCCCUUGUCCACCUCAGUCUUUGGCUCUCAUGGAGUCAACUGCAGGAAACUGCACGCUGACUUGGGACACGCUGCCUCAUGCCGACAGCUACCAGGCCUUCAUCGAGAGCGGCGCCGGCACCGAGGAGGCCUGCAACACCACCAGCAACAACUGCACCUACCACUGCAAGUGUGGCCACACAUACCUGAUGUCUGUGUUUGCGUUCAACCACGCUGGCAGCAGUCCUCGAGGGCAGAUUCUCAACUAUACCACCUUGCCCUGUUGUCCGGAGGCCGUGUCAGUCUCCCUGGUGAGCACUGACACUCUGGAGAUCACGUGGACGGCCUCGCAGGGGGCCCAGCUGUACGAGACUCGAGCGGCAGGCGGCUCAGAGGUGAUCCUGUGUAACGACACGGCCCCGGUGUGCGCCCUCUCUGACCUCAGCUGCGACCGUCGCUACAGCGUGCUGGUGACGCCCUGCAAUGAAAUCAGUGGAUGCAACCGUGCAUGUAAAGCUCACACUAAAAACACAGCUCCCUGCAUGCCGAUGAAUCUGAUGCUGAAUCUGAAAACCUCCUCCUGCGUCGGUGUCAGCUGGACAGCAAACAACAGAGCCGCUACUUACACCGUGAGCGCGUCGGGAGAUGACGGCAGACACAACUGCACCACCAACGGGAACAGCUGCGACAUCACUGACCUUCCCUGCGGCUCCAUGUAUGAAGUCAGCGUCACGGCAACCGGCCCCUUUGGCCAGAGUUUACCCAGCUACUCUGACUCUCUGGAAACAGAACCCUGUUGCCCGGGCAACCUAACAGUCGAUCAGGUAACGCAGGCAGUGACCAACGUCUCAUGGUCUCAUGCUAAAGGAGCACAUUUGUUCAUCACUUCUCUGACAUCAACGCGUGGCCACGCCCGCUGCCACACCCAGGACCCCCACUGCCUCAUGGGGUGCAUCACCUGUGGGACCAACUACACCGUCACCAUGGAGGCCUUCAGCCUCAGCGGGCGCAGUUCCAACUGCUCGUAUCAGGGCUUCUCGUCCAGUGCCUGCUGUCCGUCAGGCGUCAGGCUCUACAGGACGGCCAACAACUCUCUUCGGGUUUACUGGCGCAGCGCUGGCAGCAGCCACAGCUCCAUCACAGAGAUGGUGGGCAGCAGCAGCAACAACUACACCUGCACCGCCUCUUCUGGGGAGAGCAGCUGUGACGUUGGCAACAUCCAGUGUGGGGACGUCUAUCACGUGGUGGUGGCUCCGCUCACUCCAGAGGGCGGCAGAGUCCUGUUCUGCCCUCAGAGACAGUACUCAGUCACUUGUUCAGGGAGCAACGUUGGUACAGUGAUUUACAGAGGGAAGAGAAGUGUGGACUAG